UGUCAGGGCAGUCUGUAAGAAGAGCUGCAGGAACAGGGUGUACGUGGAGUCCCUCGCAUACCCAUAAACACCCCCCAACGUACAUACCUGGUGGACCGAGCUUCAUUUGAGUCCACUUUGGAUCGUCUGGAAGGACACCCUGAAGUAAAAUAACCACAGUGUUAGCAGGAGAAGAGGUCCAGUCAUGGCUGAAAGGAGACGAACUAGUUUGUCCGGCGUGUUGAUCGCUGCUCUGCUGGCUGUGAUGCUGCUGCCUGCAUUCUUGUCUGCUGGACCAGUUGUGCAAAAGCCCAAAGGAGAUGCAGGGGAAAGUAUCCAUGAGAAAGCAGCUGCUGCAGCGGCGCACAGGAGGCUUAUCCGAAACCGCAGGAACAUCAGCUGGUACAAACAGCACUCUGACUUCUGGGCAUGGUACAAGUACUUUACUGACAACGGCAACCAGGAGGCAAUUCAGGAGAUGGAUCGCAUCUUCCUCACCUAUCUCCAGAACAAGAACCGCGCAGAGGGACGUCGCUCCUACAAGGCCUACUUGAGCCACCUGGGAGAUAUCUACAAGUCCUGUGCUGAUUCUGAGAACCCCAACUGCAUGGCUUCCUACAUGAGCAGGGGCAAUCCAAAAUCGGAACCCCCCAAACCUGCCCCAGUAAAAACCUGUAACCCCACCAAGGAUCCCUAUUGCAUGUACAUGGCUUUAGCCCAGGGAAAGAGCCCCUACAUGCCAUUGGUGCUCCCAGCUGCCACCCCUGCUCCUCAGUACGUCCGCUCUGUUCCUCCAACCAAGGACCCUCAGUUUGGGUACUACUACUACUCUCCAUCCACAAUGCCUUUCCUUACCAUGGAGCAGAAGGCAGAGCUGCUGCGUAUCUGUCCCUCUGAUGAUGUGGAGUGUCUGCAGUACCAUCUGAGAGCUGCUUAUGGGUAUUCUGCUGGCCCCCGUCCUUCAUAUGCCCACCUUGGCUGUGACCCCAAGAAAGAUCCUACCUGCAAAAUGACGCAGAAAGCUCCUGCUGGUCUCUACAUGCAGUAUCCCAGCUGUGAUCCACUGCGGGACCCCAUGUGUGCAUAUUCUGCCUCCAAUACGGCUCCCCAUGCUGGCCCAGGAUCCUGCAACCCUCUUUCUGAAGAAGGCUGUAACCCUCUUACCGCCACCAGAUUUUCCACUCCCCCAGAGUCAUACAAAAGUGAGGAAAGAGAACAGGCUGCCGCUAUCCACGCUGCCCCUCCUGCUGAGCAGUAUGAUCCCUAUGCCAUGUAUAGGGAUUCUUAUUCUAAUCCUAACAGAGUCACUGAUCCUUAUGCUAUGUACCGCCAGGCUAGUACCCCAGCUUCUCCUCCAGCUACUGACCUAUAUGCUAUACUACGCCAAUACAUGGCCCAAACUCACACCAAUGACCCAUAUGCUCCACCUAUGGGGGCUGUUCCCGAGUCUAACUCCAAUGAUCCUUACUCUGCUAUGCGUGAUACAGCAGGUGCCAUGCAGCGCCACAGUCCUCCAUCCUCCAGGCAGCAGCAGCAGCACCCUUAUUCCUAUCCGACUUAUGAGGAACCUGCCCAAGAGGAGCGCCACCCUCUGGGUCCCCCAGGUAAAACCAAAGAGGGCUAUGACUGCUUCAUUGGCUAUGACCGUGAAUGCUAUCCCGUGAAGCCCAGCGCCCCUCGCUCUGGAGUUCACCGUCGCAUUCCUUAUCCUGCUGAGGCCUAUGAGCCCCACCUGAAAGCUGACGGCACCCGCGACGGUGUCCUGGAGCCUUCAAACCCACACUGUGACCCUGAGUAUGACCGUGACUGCCGCCUGCGUCGCUAUGAACCCGAGCAGCCUCAAAGCCAGCCUGAACGUCACACAGAGCAGGAUUACAACCAGGCGGCAGCCGAGAGAGAGCAGGCCAACCAGGACCAGAACGAAGCAGAGCCCUACCAGAGCGGCCAGGAGGAGAGUCACACUCCCUACCAGCCUCUCUCGCAGGGCAUGCCCAGCCUCCAGGACAUACUGAGGCGCUAUGGAGACCGCUAUCCUGAGCAGGAUGAUCACAGAGCUUAUGCAGACAACUACCGCAAGAAGUAACCAUGCUAACACACGCAAACGCAUGCAGAUGGACAUGAAUGCACAGUCCCUGCGUUCUUGUAAUUAAGCCCUUGAACGCCUCACCAGUUCUAACUGGACCAGAUGUGGGACACAGGUGAUUUAGAUGGACCCAGAGAGCAAGUACAUGCAUGUACAUCUCAAACACAGCUUCUUGCUCUGGGAGCCUGCUAAAAACUUUGUUGGAAUGCCUUCCUAUAACUUUAGUUGCUUCAGGCCUUGAUUUAUUGCUUUUUUACUUCCCACCUUUAAAUCUCCUCUAUGCAUUCAAGUGUGUAAUGACCUCUCAACUCUCAGCUUUGCUUCUGUAUCUGUGCAUUUUAAAGUGAAAUAUUGUUUUUUUGCUUUUUGACACUGAUGGAUUGUCUUAUUU